AUGGGUAUCCCCGAACGAACGUCAGCAGUAUCUAGCGUUCGAGAUGAUGGUAAAGCAGUUAUUGAGAAAGAUGAUAGAGGAAAUCCAGUUUUUAGAGUACGUUUUGAUGUCAGUGAUUAUAAGCCAGACGAAGUGAAUGUAAAAAUGGAUAGCAAUAAGAUGCAGGUACAUGCGCGCCAUGAGCAAAAAGAUGGCGGAAAGAGUGUAAGUCGCGAGUUUUCGCGGGAAAUUAAUAUUCCUCGCGAGAUCGAUCCUAUGUCAUUACAAUGUGCUAUAUCAAAAGAGGGAGUUUUGUGUGUUGAGGCUCCG